UCAUUUUUUACAUUAAGAUUCUUUCAUAGUAUAAAAUUAAUAGCUUGCCAGUGCCAAGCAUUUCUUGCUGUUAUAAGUCCAUAAUGGUGAGGAAGAGACCUUCUUCACCAUUUAUUGGAGCAGGAGCAGCCAGGGUUCCUUUUGGAUAUUUAAAACGGGACAACUCUUUCAAGCAUCAAUUUUGAGCUGAAGCAAAUCUGGUUACAUGGCUAGAACUUGUAGGCUUAUUUGAUUUUGGGACUUUAGAGAACUGAGAUGGGUAAAUUAACCCUCUUGAGUGAAGUGUGGUUGAAGACUCCUUCUUCAAACUUUUAUUUACUAUUGUUAAAUUUCUUAACUCUUUUCCGUGAAACUGUACGCUUUCUUCUUUUAGAUACUGUACUACUUCUCUGAAAUUUCAGAUUCUUUGAAUUUUUUCUGAAAAUUCCUCUCUUCUGCAGUUCGACUUGAGGCUCCAUGGGUUUAAAGAAAUUAGGAGUGCUAAUCUUUCGUACCAUUUUCAAACCAGUUGGCCCACUCUUUUGCAUAGUCUCUUGUUUCUGUAAGUCCUCUAAGAAUCCUUCAACCUCAUUGAACUUUAUACUACCCUUGUUCUUAACCAAAGGGUUUGCUUUGGUCCUUCUAUUGAUGUUUUUACUAGAAAUAUUGAAACUGGGGGAACUCUCCUCAGAGAUAUUCAUAUCUCAGUUCUCAUCCAUAUCAUCAAUAUACUCAGAGUCUUCAAAGUGGAGCUUAUUGGAAGUCUUGGCAUUUUUAGGUGAAAAUCUUGACAUUUCCAUAAAAUCUCGAUUAAUAUUUAUUUAAUAUUGUAUCUAUA